AUGAAGGCAGGGUUUAGUGGAUUAAAGGGUAAAGAAAUUUCUCUUAUUUCCAUUGUUUUAAUGUGUAGUACUAUUAUUUUAUGGUCAUGGGAAAGAACACCUGGUCUUUCUGCCUUUCUUCCUCCCCAGUCACCAUUGCACGUGUAUUCAGAUCAUUUAGUUAGCAGGUCUUCAGGGAAGGCACCAGAUCUACAUAAACAUGUGUCUCAACACGACUCAUCAAUCCCAAAGAAAGAGAUUACUGAUGAGCUACAAGAAAAAGAUCUUGGUUUAGCAUCUCAGACAAUAUCUGCACAAAGCUCUUCUGGAAAGAGCAUGGGCGAAAGUAUCACCAAUACUACUUCGCAUAUAGAACAGAUCCCGUCAAGUGUGUCCAAUGAAGAAAUAAAACAUGAAAAACUUUUGGAAGCUGGGAAAAGCCAUGGUAUACAAACUUCUUCUAACCUAACAACAUCUGAGGCUAAAAGUAAUGAAGCUAAGGGGGAGAGUAAUUCCAAACAAGAAGAACCUAAAAUAGAUCUUGUCAUGAACAAUCCACAAAAAAGCUCUUUACCUGUCACAAAAGAAAGCUGGAAUAAUGCUACAGAAAACAAUGCCUGUAACUAUGCAAAAGGAAAAUGGGUCCCAGACAACAAAAGGCCUUUGUAUUCAGGUUUUGGUUGCAAACAGUGGCUCUCUCCGAUGUGGGCCUGCCGCAUGAUGCAACGUACCGAUUUUGCAUAUGAGCAGCUUAGAUGGCAACCAAAAGAUUGUCAAAUGGAGGAGUUUGAAGGUUCUAAAUUCUUGAAAAGGAUGCAAAACAAAACUCUAGCUUUUGUGGGAGACUCAUUAGGCCGGCAGCAGUACCAGUCUAUGAUGUGCAUGGUAUCUGGUGGUGUAGAGAUGAGUGAUGUUGAAGACGUGGGUAAAGAGUAUGGAUUGAUUGUAGCUGAGGGCUCUGCCCGUCCUAAUGGGUGGGCGUACCGUUUUUCAAGCACUAAUACUACCAUUUUGUACUACUGGUCGGCAAGCUUAUGUGAUGUUGAACCUAUUGAUGUAAACAACCCAAACACAGAUUAUGCAAUGCACCUUGAUCGUCCCCCAGCAUUCCUGCGUCAAUUUCUACACAAGUUUGAUGUCCUGGUUCUCAACACAGGUCAUCACUGGAAUCGAGGAAAACUAAAUGCCAAUCGAUGGGUAAUGCAUAUUGGUGGAGUGCCAAAUACUGAUAGGAAGCUAGCAGUGAUUUGGGCUGCCAAGAAUCUUACAAUUCGCAGCGUUGUUAGUUGGGUAGAUUCGCAGCUUCCAAAACAUCCAGGUUUGAAGGUAUUUUUCCGAACCAUUUCUCCUAGGCAUUUUUUCGGUGGGGAAUGGAACACAGGAGGCAGUUGCGACAACACUAAACCAAUGUCGGUGGGAAAAGAAAUACUGGAAGAGGAGUCCAGUGACCCAGUUACUGCAAGUGCGGUGAAGGGAACACGAGUCAAGCUCUUGGACGUAACAGGUCCUUCUCAGCUUAGGGACGAGGGUCAUAUAUCACGGUACAGCUUAACAGCAAAGCCUGGUAUGCAGGAUUGCUUACACUGGUGUUUACCAGGUGUUCCUGAUACAUGGAAUGAAAUGCUUUUUGCUCAAAUCUAG